UCAUAUUCCUCAAGAUCUUCUUUUUUGGUUUACACUUCUCUUUCUGCUGUCUUUUGGAACGCUCCUCUGCUGAAGAUAUAUUCCUUUUCUGAUUUCUCACUGGUGGAUUUAAGUCAUUCAGAGAUGCUGAUUCAGUGGUGCUGUGUUCUACUCUUAACACCCAUCCUCUCUCGUGUCCAAGCACUGGCCUGUGAUGAGGCUACACAAUAUGAAUGGCCUAGGAAUAAACCCACAGUGUGCUGCAAUAAAUGCCUACCAGGAGAGUACCUCAAGGAGAGAUGUGAGCAAAAUCAAAAUACACGAUGUGGAGCAUGUGGAGAAGGCUACUACAUGGACAGAUACAAUUUUGAAAUGACAUGCCGCUUGUGCACUGACUGUGCCAAAGAAAAUAUGAAGUACAACCAGACCUGCACUAAAACGAGAGAUGCAGAAUGUGAGUGUAAGAGCGGAUAUAAAUGCAGUGGUGAACGGUGUGAAAGCUGUGUGGACGAUUUAGCAGCAAAAGCAACAACAAUAAUAACAACACCUAUAAAACCACCACUACCAACUGAAACAAGAAACACAGCUGUGACCAAAAAUAAGCCUACUUUUGCACCCGACAAAGACAAUGUGUGGAUCUCUCUGAGUCUGUCUUGUGCGUGUGUGUGCAUUCUGCUUAUCUGUUUCAUUCUCAUCAGCAGACGCACACCUGCAUGUGGAUGGGCCUUGUCUUCAUCGACUGUUUGCUGUUUUUGGACCGCCGAGAAGAGCUCAGUGGAAUCCAGCCAGUGCACGGAAGAGGAGGAGGUGCCAAUGCCGGUCCAGGAGGUGUGUGGAGGAAAGACGGAGUGGCAGGAAGAAGUCUGAGAGAGAUGGAUGGAUGAGCAGAGAGGGAGGCAACAGAUUCCACAUGAGAGUGUGGGUGGAGUAUGAACUGUAACAUGCACUCAUGAACAGAGUGAGAGACACACAUGCAGUCUCUCUAUUGUGAUCUUCAGAGGGAAGGAACAAGGAGAAAGGCUGUGAUCCAUUCUUCAUUAAGGGAGUUUGACUGCACACACAUACAGAUACACAUGUACAUGUGUAUGAGUAAGACAUUUUAAUAAGAUUUUAUAAGGGUAACAAAUAGAUGCUUUUGUUGUUUUUUCUGGGAGCUCAAAGUCUGGAUUUGAAGAGCUUUAUUCCAAGAUGCUGUAAUGACUUUUUGAGAAAUUUAAUGAACAGUGUAUAAUUUCUCUAAUAAAGGCGGUAUUAGUCUAUAUAAUAUAGCACUGAUAUUCUUAUAUGGGGGGAAAAAGGCCACUCUCAACAGCAAAUAUAAUUAAAAAAAAAAUCCUGAAAGUGGUCCCUAAUUUUGAGAAUUCUUCAGUUUUGAUGUUCUUCAUUCUGGGGCUUGUAGGCUUUUUAUUCCUUUUUUCAUUUUUACACAUAAAAGAAAUAUCAGUGCUUCAACUGUUAAUUUUUUUGAAACCUCAUCCAAAUCUAAAUUCAAAAUAUAAAUGGAUAUGCAGCAUAAUUUUUAUUUUAUUAAAUUCUAGCAUGAAAAUGUAAGAAAUUAGAUGAUAAUUAAUGUUGACUACAGAUAGAGAGAAAAGUGGGCGAAUAAAAACAAUGCUGUGUUCAUACACAGUCAAACAUUCACUCUUUAAAAAGCUCUGCAGUUUUGCUGUUCUGGCUGGUCAGUGCCUUCAAAACUCAGAAAUGUUUAACCUUUUUGUAAAACAUUCAGUGGUGUCAAAUGUUUUUUUUUAGCAGCCAACCACCCAGAUGAGAAUAUGGGUGGGGGGUUUCCCAGGA